AUGCUGCCGCUGUACAAGCGCGGCCUGCACCUCGUGACGCUGGCCAAGAGCCGGCGCCAUCGCCGCUACGCGACGUUCGCGGUCGUCAGCGCUAUCCUCAUCUGCAUCCUCACACUGGCCAUGUACGCCAUGUACAGUGCGCUCUCCGUUGCCGAGAGCGACCUCACGCCACAGCCCUCGCUGCAAGUGCGUGGCCCGGAGAUCGAGUCUGGCAUGGAUGCUACCGCCGUCUCCAAGAUGCCAGCACCCACGACAGUUAUAUCGCCGAUCGAAGAAGGCGACGACGACACGAGGCCACCGCCGCCCGCGGUCGAGCGCUUCUGGCUCGUGCGCCUCCUCCUUCCGUUGGUCGCUGGCUUUGUCUUUGGCUUCCUUGGCUCGAUCCCGAUCGCGGGGCCGACGUCCGCCAUGGUGCUCAAGAUGGGCAUCCAAGGCGAGUACUGGGCUGCGCAGUCCAUCGCGCUCGGCGGCGCCGCGGCCGAAGCCACGUAUGCUGGCGUAGCGUUCUGGGGCUUUGGGAGCUUCCUCGCCGGCCUCGACUUUCUCCUCCCGCUCUCCAAGGUGCUUGGCGCGGUCAUGCUCCUGGCCAUUGGCACGUACUUCUUGCGGCUCGACGUGCGUCCGCAGAUCGACUCGGACGCCGACGUGCACUCAAAAGUGCACCACGACCGGUCGUUCUUGACGUCGCCGAUUGCGCGCGCCGAGCUCCUCAAGAACAUCCUCAUGGGCUUUACCAUGUCGGGCUUCAACCCGGCGCUUCUGGCCACAUACACGGGGGCCCUCGCCAGCGUCUACCAUACGGGGCUGCUCGAAUUCACACUCUUUCUGGCCAUUGUCUUUGGCGUCGGCGUCUCGUGCGGUAUCUCGACUUGGUUUUAUGUACUCCUGUCGCUCUUGAAGAAGUACAAGCAGCGACUAAAGAACCAGACCAUCGGACUCAUCUUGCGCUGCAUGGGCGUCUUUAUGAUCUGCCUCGGCCUCCUCUGCACCAAGUCGGCGGCCGUGUACUUUCUCUUUAGUUAA